UCUAGAUAAUCGUGUACUGAACUUUUCUUAGUUUAAAAAUCUUUAAGAAUACUCGGUAGUAAAGUUAUAACUCCACUCACAACCAAAGCGUGAUGAGAAAAAAAGCCUUCCGACUGAAAACUGUCAUGUUUAUCCUCACAGCCCUAUCGAUGUGUCGAUAGACUACAUGCCGAAGGUCAGGACAAGCUCUACUAGGCGCGCAAAGAAUUCUGUGCGGCUUUAAAAAUAAUUUCUCCUUGAAGAUGAUUGGUUAAUUAUUUACGGUCAGAUCACCUGGCCUGAGUCUUCGGAUUGGUAGAUCGCUCGUUGCCCGACCGCUGUUCAAACGAAGCUGACUUUGUACUCUCUAGGACGAAUUUUGCGAACAAAUUUUACACUGUAUAUUUCUGUCUCCUCGCCGACGAACAAGGAACAACAAUACCUGAACAGACAUGUAAGAAGCCUGAUCGUGAUGUUCGAGCAAAGCAGUUUGUCAGAUGUUCCAGCAGAAACUGAUAAUCUUUGUGUGUCAGUGCCAUUUGUAGUGGAGGAAUGGGACGAGAAAGCUAGCCUCUCCCCACAUCAUUUGUCUUACAUCAUCACCAUUCUUCUGCCCAAACGACUGGUAUCUUUAGAGCGAGACAUCAACGUAGAAUCACAACUCAAAGCAUUUUGUGAAGCGAAACUCAUAAAUAAUGCAAUACCUGUUGGCAGUUCUACAGAAGGCUUCAGUAUUCCUUAUUCUAUGUCAUAUGAAGUAGAUUCUCAUCUUGGCACUUACGUUGAUGCAGAUGUACUGUUUGUUGAGAAUGAUGUCCAGAUAUCCACGAUAGAUCCAAUCCAAAAUGUGGAUACCCAAGCCAUAUUAGAAUGCGAUGAUGUUCAUCCAGGUUAUGGCAGAGUGAGGCUACUGAAGCACAGUGAGGACCUGAAAGAUGUUGUGACUCGCAAUGAUAAUAAAUACUUGAGCGGACAACGAAUUCAGAACUCAGUACACAAGAAGAUGACCAGUGGAAGGUCUGAAGAUGACGAAACAUCCAUUGGUAUUCAUGGUCCAGCAGUAUCAGUUGAGUAUUCAACUGUCUUAAAUGCUGACAAUAUACAAACCUAUGGUGUUAGAAUUCCACUUGACAUGGUUUAUGCAGUUGAGGUCAAGCAGUGGCCCCCAGAGGCAACUGAAUGGGUCCAAAGAGUGAAGAAAGGAAACUGGCUUGGAGAUGACUUGAUUGAAUCCAUUGUAUCAGAGGGAUGCCAAGUUGUACCAGUAGCACACAAGCACAGCCUCAAUCCAGACAUAGAAUGGAGACAUUCUUUUGCAGUUACAGAAAAAAGAAUAGCAAGGAGUGCUGUAACUGAUGCUCAACGUCAAUGUUACAUCUAUUUCAAAAUGAUGCGGCACCUUUGUCUGAAAGAUUUGGAGGUGAUUUCUUCAUACUGUUUGAAAACUGUGUUUUUCCAUGCUUGUGAGGUUAUUCCAAAGCCUACCUGGGAGACUCAUACUGGACAGUGCUUGCUAUACCUGAUUGAUAGUUUGAUGAGUUGUGUUAAACAAAGAAACAUCCCAAGCUUUUUCAUACCAGGCAAUAAUCUUGUGGAUGAUGUGCCAGAGGAGAAAUGGGGAGACAUGGAGUCAAGGCUCCUCGAAAUAAGGAAAGAUCCUAUAAUCCCGAUUUUGAAGUUUACAGACACACAUGCUAUUAGCUAUACAGAUAUCCCCUUUGUAUUUCGAGAAAAUAUUUCAUUUGUCUUGGAAGACAUGGAAAAGUUCAAAGUCCACAGAGACAUCAGAAGAUCUGCAUUUGAUGCAUUUUUCACAACUUCCUUUAGAAUGAGUUUGCUGUACUUAAACCAAGGCCAACCAAAAAAUGCUGUUCAGAUUUUAAUGGAUUCAUAUCCUACACUUGACCAUUUCCUUGGACCCAUGCCACUUGUUUACUUUCUAAAUGAAGCUGCAAUCCUGAUCCAAGAUGGUCGGCUUUACCUUCUUUUGCUUCAGGAACUCCUUGGAAUGGCCAACCAACAUCCUGACUUCAAGCUGCUAGAGGGAAAUCUGGCUUGUGCAUACCAUGCAGCUUCUUACACCUAUCCAGAGGAAUCUUCAGAGAGAGCUGAAUAUCUGCAGAAGGCAGAGGAACUUGUUCGAGAAGAAUUGAAAUCUCAAAGCUCAAGCUCCUGUGGGACACAGGUCACAUUUGCCACCAUUCUGAUGUCACAGAGGAAAUACAAAGAGUCCAUACAAAUCCUUGAAACUGUUGUGAACACAGCCAACAAAAGUGCACAGGAAGAAAUCCAAGGUGACAUGACAGAAUUUGGAUUCAGCGAACAAAAAGUGCUUGAUGAAGAUUUGCAAUCAGAAAUUUCAACCCAUAUGAAAAUAGAAGGGCCGUCACUUAUUUUUGUAUUUUAUUUUCUGGUCAGAUGUUUAGUACUGGAAGAUGAAGUUACAAAACCAAAGGCUUUUUUUGAAGAAUAUGAGAGGGUGUGUGACCUGUGUGAAGAUAUCACUGGAUAUAAACUUCUUGGUUAUAGCUAUUAUCAAGUAGGAGACAAACGGAAAGCAAGGGAUGCCUUCAUGUCAGCUUUACAGAAAAUGCCAGGAAGCCAACUUCUUAUAUCAAACAUUCAAAAGUGUUCAGAGUAACAAGUUUGCCUCUGGUUUGUCACACAAGAUAAACAAUCACGAAGGAUGAUGAUUAUAACCAUGAUGACUAAUUAUUUAUUUAGCAUCUUUUCAAGGGUGUUUGUUGUGCAUCAGAGAUAUGACGAUUCUCUGGCCACUAUGCAGAAUUCUCUACCUAAAUUUUGAUGGUCUGUGCUAUUUUUUAUUUUUACAUGGAGAAUAAUCCUCUCUUACUUUACAUUAUUCCAGUGUUAUCUUGCCUUCUAUGACAUUUCUUAAUUUUUAGUGCAACAACUGCAGUCAGACCUUGACAUAGAAAUGUAAAAUGAUAUGCGUGCCUGCAAUAUUGACUAAUACAGUGAUUUCAGGAGCUUUAUCUACUGGUCAGCAGAAUUACUCUAAAAAGUUUACAGAUGAUGGAAGGACAUCAUUUGCAUAUCAAUUGCAUAAUCUCCACCACAACUAAAACCGGCACUAAAACCCUAUAGAUUGCUUAUGCAAUCUCCGAGUUAGAAAGACUGUUUGUGUUCUUUUGUACAUUUUGAAAUGCCAAUUUGCCGAAACUAAUUUUUCAGCAGUCCAUCAGUCCGUAUUGCAAAAUUUGGACCGCUUAGAGAACCAAUCAGAAUUUUCUUCAUCAUUUUAGCCCAGUUUACCGUAUAAUUACGCACUUACAUGUUAGACAUUGAAAGAAUCGUUUCACGUAGAGAAAAGUCGUCUUUGACUGGACUAAAUGAAGAACAGCCAAGAUGGACGGGAAAACUCGCUCAAUCUUUCUCUCGGGGUGGGAAGGUCACAUUUUACUACAGAACCCAAAUAAUAACCAAAGAACAAAAAGAAACAUGGUUUUAUAGUUUAUUUGCCACCUGACAUAAUUCGUAUUGUUUUAUAUUUCCCGCCGCGUUGGUGCCAGCAACAACGCUUAGACCCACUGUAUCAAUUUGCAGGCAUUACUCAGGCAUCACGCAACGUCUGUUGAGUUGUCACGUAACCACCCUUGUUACCCUUCAAUCUCAUUCCUUUAGUCUUCCUUCCCUACUGCCCAAGCUUAACGAAACGAACGACUCUCCAGGGUUUUGUUACACGCUAGAUUUUGACUGUUUUGAAAACAAUGAAAAUGAGCGGAAGUAAAACAGCAGCGACUCGACUGACUCACAUGGUUUUCAGCUAGGCAUGCGCAAUUCAACCGGAAGUCCAAUAUUUCCGGGUCGCUCGUUGCCCCACCACUGUUCAAGGAGAACGAAGACUCUGCGUACGCAGUUGUACUAUUAAAUUACAUAUUAAUUUUAAUUAAUGUGUUCAUAACUCCAUUAUCAUGGAAAAACCGCAAGUAAAAUUUCCACCUCCUGGUAAAGUGAGUAACGUGAAUAAACCAUUGAAACCACUCUUA